AUGGCUCCCUCCGUACCUCAAGAAGUUUCGGUUUCUCACGCCAAAUGUUGUGAGCCGCUCAGUGAUCUUUUGAAGCGACAUCUUCUGGUUCAUUCCUCCGAGCCGGCACCCACCGCGAGAACCUCCCAGGCCUGUGAUGCCUGCCACGAGAGCAAGACGAAAUGUGAUGGCGGCGAGCAAUGCUCGCUAUGCACAAAGCGAGCCAUCCAAUGCACAUAUUCUAGAUUAAAGCCACCGAAAAGGAAGGCCAAUUUUGACGACGGUGACUUAACUGCAAUUGACUUGACUAAUGGGAUCUCGGAUGGCGUUAUUCCUCAGAGUAAUCAACCAAAUGGAACAACAAACAAUUCAGGUGCCCCGUCUGGAAGUGCCAAGGAUCUGCCAGGGCCAGGGAUCUCCGAAAUAAAUAAUGACAAAGCCAUGCUAGUGGAUGACUCUUUAGACGGCACUGCACGAAACGAGGCCGCCAGGACAGGGUUGAGGUUUAUCCAUCAGUUGGUAUCUGCUGCUUCGGCUGGGCAGGACCCCCCGAAUCAGCCGCAAUCUUCACACCAUAAAACUUGGAUCUCGGACUGUAUUGAGACUUACUUCGGCCGUUUUCAUGAACGCUGGCAUAUUAUUCAUCCUCCUGUUUUUGACCCGACAAAUGACGAUAUUUUCGUCGUUAGCUCUGUCAUCGUGGUGGGGUCUCUACUUCGAGAUAAUUUAUCCAUCAGAAGCAGCACUAUCCAAGUUCAUCAACGGUUGAUGGCACACCUAUUUCGAUCCUUUGUUGUUCCCACUGAGGAGGCUUCUCCCUCCCCUUGGCCUUUCCAAGCGUACCAGGCAUGCAUAAUAAACAUUGCUUUCGCAUUGGAGAGUGGAAACUCACUUUUGAUUCGGACAGCCGCCAGACUCUUCAGUCUUGUUCUGAUUUCUUUGAGAGAAAAAGGCGCCUUUGAUGACAAAACUCUCAAACACCACCAAUCAAAACAUUAUCCCGGCACCUUUAUACCAUGGCUCGUCAUUGGCCUUGAUGUAUGGUCUUGGAUUGCCACUUUGGCGCUCAAAAUUGACGCUUAUUUCGCGUUAACCACCUACCAACCUCCAAUCGUCCGCCCAGAAGAGAUCAGUUUGAGGCUGUCGUCGCCAUUUUCGAGAUGCAAUGCCCAUGGGCUCGAUGUGUUUUUUAGCCGCGAAUCUAAGCAGCCACAGGACAGGCAACGUGCUGCGAUAUCCGCUGUGGCCCAAAGCCCACAAUCACUGCCCCUGUCUGGAACGUUGAUAGAAGACGUCCAGCUCGGACUCUGGGGUGCUUUAUCACGAAUCUGGACUUGGAAGCUGACUCAAGAUAUCUACACGCCACUCUCUCCACAAGCUCUUGCUGAGCGUGCCCAUUUUGAGAUGCAGCUAGAUGGCUGGGCAUCAGAGCUCGACCGACUUUUCCAUAUAUGGAACGCGCCAGAACAGGAUCCAAUGGCUUCUUCCUUCCUGCUGCAAGCAUACUGUGGAAAGGAGGAGCCAAACCACGAAGGCUGGCAAGGACUUGUUCUGGCGCGCAUAGGGCAUCAUCUUUUCAACACGUCGAUGCUGUACUACUGCAUCAACUUGCAUCUUUACGCAGACGUACGAACCAUUGCUCGGAACACGACCUUGCCUCCACAAGACGCGGACGUGAAUGCCCUGCUAAUUCAAUGGGCAAAUUCUGGAUCUGGGAGAAAUGCCAUGACCUACGCCAUCAGUGUGCUCAAGACUUGUGAAAAGACGUACGCUAGAGACCUGUCACCGGACGAAACCUUCGAUCCUAUAGUGCAAAUAUGCCUGAUUAACGCAGCGUUGGUGGCUCGGGCAUGGGCUACAUCCGAGUCUAGGACAUGCACGUGUGCAAUUCUCGGCACGUCCGUGGACAUUGAUUUGGAUGAUAAGGGCCGCCGGCAGCUCUGGAUACAGAACGGAGGAGCAAUAACGGUAGAUCGUAUCCCCAUAUGUAAUUGUGCCCUUGAGGUCUGGCUGGCGCGUUUUCGGACAGUGUUGGGACGAGGAGCGCGAGUUUGGGAGCUUGAUGAGGAGCUGAAGCGUGUGACGUUACCGGCAGGCAUGUAA